UCAAGUAAAGUUAUGGUAUGCAAAUAAACGUAAUACCAAAGUAAAAUGACGUUUACUUGUAAUUUAACCAAAAACGCCCGAUGGAUUUGAGCGUUGAUAGUGACGUGCUCGUGGAAUUCGACAAACGGAAACAGGAUAACCUUGCAUGCGAAGCUAAGUCGGCAGCAACUAUAUCUUCAACUACAUAGAAUAAUCUAUUAUCAGGUGAUUCGUUUCACUGACAUGGAUCUAAUGGAUUGUGAACCUCUGAACAAUACUAGAGAAGAACAAAUAAAUGAUGUCAAUAUGAUUGCCGUCAAAGACUGCUUACCACUGUCAAAGAAAUUAGAAGAAUCUGAGGAAACUGAGACUGCUCUGGAUAUUUCCAAUGAAUCAAAAAUCACCGCAGUAGAAGGAUCCAUAAAAAAUGACACCACAGAUCCAUUGCUCGACAAUGUUAGGAAAAUGAAUAGCAUGGAUAUUGAAGGGGUGCAAAAUAUCAUUAAUGUCGAUCAGAAAAUUUCAGCCAGUAAUUCGGUGGAUAAAAAAAUACUGAAUUUCAAAACUCCAAGCUUAUUAAUUGGCCCAAGGAAAGGAAAACCAGGAAAACUGCGUGACUUGACUUCUGCUUCAUCUGUAUUAUCUGAACUUGAUAAGACUUUACCAAAAGUAUCAGAGUCUGCGUCUAAUAAUGAAGAGGAAUCUGGUAAUAGCAUGAAAACAGUUGAUUCAGCUCAUGAUGAGUCAAAAUUAAAGAAACCAUUAUCACCCGCUGAAAUAGCAAAAGAAAAGCAGGCAGUUUUACCUUACAAAGAGCCAAUCUGGGGAGGAUUGCCGGAAAAAAAAUAUAAAUUAGAAGUGUUAAAAUCUGGGGUGAUUUUAGAGACUGUGGACUUGACGCUUAAAAGUUUCUAUGUUUUGGGAAGACUACCGAUUUGCGAUAUCCCUUUGGCUCACCCUACCAUUUCUAGAUAUCACGCUAUAAUUCAGUAUAGAUUGAAGGGAGAUGAGAAAAAUCCAGUAGGUUUGUAUUUGUAUGAUUUGGGAAGUACACAUGGCAGCUUCUGGAACGGUCACCGAAUGAAGCCGAACAUGUAUGUCAGAAUACGCAGUGGUCAUAUGAUAAGAUUCGGAUGUAGCCAGAGGAAAUUUAUCGUUCAUGGACCCACGGAAGAUGAGGAAGAUGAAACCGAAUUAACAGUUACAGAAUUAAAGGAACACCGGAGAUUAGAAUUAGAGGAGCGACAAAGAAAAGAGAAGGAAGAACAACUGCGAACAGAAGAAGAGGAAAGGUUAAGAAAAGAGAAAGAAGAAAAUGAAGGAAUAGAUUGGGGGAUGGGAGAGGAUGCAGAUGAAGAGACAGAUCUGUCCGAAAAUCCUUAUGCAGCUACAAAUAACGAAGAAUUGUUCUUAGAUGAUCCAAAAAAAACUCUAAGAGGAUGGUUUGAAAGAGAGGGUUUCGAACUUCAGUACCAAACCGAGGAAAAAGGCAUUGGGCAAUUUCUUUGCUGGGUUGACCUUCCAAUUGAUAGUAUAACUGGCAAGUCUGUACGAGCAGAAGCUCUGGUUAAGGGGAAAAAAAAGGAGUCCGUUAUUCAAUGUGCUCUGGAAGCUUGCAGAAUCUUAGAUAGGCAUGGAGUACUUAGACAGGCACACCAUGAGGCAAGAAAGAGGAAGGCUAAAAACUGGGAGGACGAAGACUUCUACGAUUCAGAUGAAGAUAAUUUCCUAGAUAGAACGGGAGCAAUUGAAAAGAAGCGCCUGCAGCGUAUGCGAAUUGCAGGAAAACUGGAAGAUACAGUCGAAACCUACAAUUCUCUGCUGGAGAAACACAGAGUAGUAGCGAAACAAAUUACGAAUAUUGAAAAUGAUCUACGAAAUGCACAACGACAGAAAGCUUUGGAUCCUGAAAGUUCAGAUGAAGAUGCACUGGACGCAUUCAUGUCAAAUUUAAAAACCGUUGCACUCAAUAAGAGUGAAAUUGUAAAAAUGAAAAUGGAAUUGCAAACACUUCGAAAGGAGGAGAACCGACUGAUAAAUUUAGUAAACAUUGCUAAGCCUGCUAAUUUACCACCACUAAAACCCCAAACAUCCUUGGAAUCUACAGAUCCAGAGAACAUACAAAGUGCAAAAUCAUUACCCAUGAUUGGCAAUAGGAAAAAAUUCAAAGUUUUGAAAAGUGAUAUAAAAUCGGCUGGAAGCUCAUUAAGUGCUACUCACGGAGAAAAUGAGGAAAAUGAAGAUGAUGAUAAACCAGAGAACGAAAAAGAAGUUGUUAAUGCCAGAUUAAUAGAGGCUUAUAAAUUGAAUCUGACAGAAAGUUGUACAUUAGGCGAUGGCGAGUGUACUGAAACUGGGAGCAGUAUCUUAGAAAGUGGUACUAGAAGGGAAUCCGAGAGAAAUAAUGAAGAUCAAAACCGUAUGGACUGCUCCUCUGAAGCAAAGUCUUUAGAAAAAGAAGAUAAAACAAGAGAAGAAGUUGAGGUGCAAAAACGGAAGCGGAAAAAUCAGAAACGAAUACAGCAAAGGUUGGAGAAGGCAGAGAAGGACAAGCAAAAAGGCUAUGAACAAGACACGUACAAGGAGGAUUAUUCGAUGUGGGUACCUCCGGAAAAUCAAACUGGCGACGGAAAAACUAAUCUUAACGAUAAGUUUGGAUAUUAAUCAUUUGAAAUUCUUGUAUAAUAUUCGGCCAACUACUAAAAGUACGUCGAUAAUACCUACGUUUCGUUAAAUGUAGCUUACUUGACAGUCGGGUAGCGUUUCCAAAUUA